GGACUUUGUGACCCGCGCAUCCGUCCUCUCUACUUAUCUUCUGCUCCGACCCUCUGCCUCUCCAGUCUCAUCAAUUAACCUGCCGUCAGCAUUGCAGUCACCAUGGCCAUCACCAAGAUCCACGCCCGCUCCGUCUACGACUCCCGCGGUAACCCCACCGUCGAGGUUGACAUUGUCACUGAGACUGGUCUUCACCGUGCCAUUGUCCCCUCUGGCGCCUCGACCGGCUCCCACGAGGCCUGCGAACUCCGCGAUGGCGACAAGUCAAAGUGGGGUGGCAAGGGUGUCACCAAGGCUGUUGCCAACGUCAACGACACCAUUGCCCCCGCCCUCAUCAAGGAGAAGCUCGACGUCAAGGACCAAUCUGCCGUAGAUGCUUUCCUCAACAAGCUCGAUGGCACCAAGAACAAGACCAACUUGGGCGCCAACGCCAUCCUCGGUGUCUCAAUGGCCAUCGCAAAGGCCGCUGCUGCCGAGAAGGGUGUCCCUCUCUACGCACACAUCUCCGACUUGGCGGGCACCAAGAAGCCUUACGUCCUUCCCGUACCCUUCCAAAACGUUCUCAACGGUGGCUCGCACGCCGGUGGUCGUCUUGCUUUCCAAGAAUUCAUGAUCGUCCCAAGUGAGGCUCCUACCUUCUCCGAGGCUAUGCGCCAAGGUGCCGAAGUCUACCAGAAGCUCAAGUCCCUUGCCAAGAAGACCUACGGCCAAUCUGCCGGAAACGUUGGUGACGAGGGUGGUGUUGCCCCCGAUAUUCAGACCCCCGAGGAGGCCCUUGACCUCAUCACCAAGGCCAUUGAAGAGGCUGGCUACACUGGCAAGAUCAAGAUCGCCAUGGAUGUUGCAUCCAGCGAGUUCUACAAGGCCGACGAGAAGAAGUACGACCUCGACUUCAAGAACCCCGACAGCGACAAGAGCAAGUGGCUCACAUACGAGCAACUCGCCGAGCUGUACAAAUCUCUGGCCGAGAAGUACCCCAUUGUCAGCAUCGAGGACCCCUUCGCUGAGGAUGACUGGGAGGCCUGGUCUUACUUCUUCAAGACUUCCGACUUCCAGAUUGUCGGUGACGACCUGACUGUCACCAACCCCGAGUUCAUCAAGAAGGCCAUUGAGCUCAAGUCCUGCAACGCCCUUCUCCUCAAGGUCAACCAGAUUGGUACCAUCACCGAGGCCAUCCAGGCUGCCAAGGACGCUUUCGGUGCCGGUUGGGGAGUCAUGGUCUCCCACCGCUCCGGUGAGACUGAAGAUGUCACCAUUGCCGACAUUGUCGUCGGUCUGCGAGCUGGUCAGAUCAAGACUGGUGCCCCAGCUCGAUCUGAGCGUCUCGCCAAGCUCAACCAGAUUCUCCGUAUCGAGGAGGAGCUUGGUGACAAUGCCAUCUACGCUGGCAACAACUUCCGGACUGCCAUCAACCUGUAAACGCGUUAUGGGCAGAGUGUGACUAGGAAUGAACCUUUGCGAGUCCUAGGGAAAAUAAAAUCGCUAUGAAUAAUAGAAUUUGAUGUCGGAGGACAAUCAUAUGUACGAAAUGGAAUGAGAUGACAUACCAAUUGUGUAAUACUCUUCUUGCACUGUCUAGUGAUUUUUUUUUCAGUAUUCGUGUCUGAAUUUCGAUGUCUUGUAAUAAAC